AGGACAGAUGACCGUCAGGGCCUGCAGAAGUACCACGGAGCCUUUAAGGCGAUGCUGGAGGCUUUGCGCAGGCUCAGCCCCGAGAAGUGCAGUGACGUGCCAUCGUUGACCGCGGCUUGUCCCCCACCAGAGGGUGAAGCCCCCAACGUCCUGGCGAUGGUCUUGGAGCGUGUGGUCUUGGUCUUGGUGGCCACGGGCCAAGAGAAAGACUUGGAACUGGUGAAGAGGAUUUAUCAAUGCUUUCGCGUGGCCCGUGAAAGUCCACCGUUGCUGCAGAUGUUGGCGAUGCUUCAGAGCUCGGGACAUUUGCUGAAGUGAAAA